GCAGAGGAGGAAAGAGAGGAGGGAGGAGAGAAGGGAGGAGCAGAGGAGGCAGUGCUGGAGGUGUCUCCCUCUCCUCAGACAGAGACGCAGAGCGGCUACGCGCAGGCUGGGCGCUAUAAGCGCGCGGAGCUGCUGCGCGCGGACAGAGGCGUCUGUGCGCACGUGAGUAUGGCAGCAGCGGCGCGGAGCUGUGACUGAAACCGGGAACCGUGAGGCGGGAAAAGUCCCGCGCAGACGCGUCGGCAUGCUUCACCCGGACACCCGCGCGCCCGAAGGUGGCGUCACGCGCAGCUCUGACACCCGCGCGUGACGCUGAAUGGACCCGAUGCGACUCGUCGACCCCCGGCACCUCCCGCAACUGAUGCCCCUGGAGGACCGGGAUCCCACCGCGGCGACGGGCACCCUGGGGCCCCGCAACUCCACGCCGGCCGCGGGAGGAGGUGCCCCGCAGCAUCACGCCGUGCCCUGGGUGGCCACCCUGCUGGCCGGCGUCCUCAUCGCGACCAUCGUGGUGGAUGUUAUCGGGAACCUGCUGGUCAUCGUGUCCGUGUUCAGGAACAGGAAGCUGAGGAAAGCAGGAAACGCCUUCGUUGUGAGCCUGGCCUUCGCUGACUUGGUGGUUGCCAUCUAUCCCUACCCGCUGGUGCUCACUGCCAUUUUCAACGACGGUUGGAUCGCUGGCUACAUCCACUGUCAGAUCAGUGGCUUCCUCAUGGGCCUCAGCGUCAUUGGCUCCAUCUUUAACAUCACGGGUAUCGCCAUCAACCGCUACUGCUACAUCUGCCACAGCCUCAAGUACGACAAGCUCUUCUCCAACAGCAACACCAUGUGCUACGUCGUGCUCGUCUGGGCGCUCACCAUCCUCGCCAUCGUCCCCAACUGGUUUGUGGAGUCGCUGCAGUACGACCCACGGGUUUACUCCUGCACCUUCGCCCAGUCCGUCAGUUCACUGUACACCAUCGCCGUGGUGGUGGUGCACUUCAUCUUGCCCAUUGGCAUUGUCAGCUACUGCUACCUGCGUAUCUGGAUUCUGGUCAUCCAGGUGAGGCGGCGGGUCAAGCCAGACUCGAGACCUAAAAUCAAGCCACACGACCUCCGCAACUUCCUCACUAUGUUUGUGGUGUUCGUGCUCUUCGCUGUCUGCUGGGCGCCGCUGAACCUGAUUGGCCUGGCGGUGGCGGUGGACUCCACGCUGGGUCGUGCCAUCCCGGAGUGGCUGUUCACAGCCAGCUACUUCAUGGCGUAUUUUAACAGCUGCCUCAAUGCCGUCGUCUACGGCGUCCUGAACCAUAACUUCAGGAAGGAGUACAAGAGGAUCGUCCUCAUCAUCUUCAAGUUCCACUGCUGAGAUGGAAUACUUGGAAAUGCAGGGAUUUUUAUCUUUAAUGACACGAAAGAUAAAAAGAACUUUACCCUGACAAGAAAAUAAAACAGGACUGAUGAAAUGGAAAGAAAGCAAAUAAAGGUACUGUGGAAAGAGGACAACAAGAGCACUGAGUGGGAGAGAAAAAUAGGAGCGCUUUAAUAGCUGCAGGAGGAGAGAUGAAGGGCAGACAAAGUGAAAUAAAUGUUGCCACACUGAGAGUUAUCAGUGAUGCCUUCAGGGAAACAAGGAGACUAAAAAUGCAGAGAGCGAGGCAGAGGCCAGAACUUGGGAAGCACUCCUAACUGGGGAAUGUGUUUCAUCCUGACUUUCUUGGGUAAUGAAGUCGUGACUUACUGUUCAGAUGAGAGCAUAAUUCAUUGUGUUUAAUUAGCAACAUAAUUAAGUUAAAUGUGGGGUCAUUGAGUUGAACAGCAUCCUCUGUGAAUUAGAUUCAAGGCAGAGCUCUGACACUGUGAUUUUUUUUUUAAGAGGUCGAUGCCAUUCCUGUUCCUCGAUUUGUCACAGAGGACGAAGAUAACGACGAAGAUGACAAAAUGGCUUUGAGGAGAACGAAGACGCAUUAUAUACUUUUAAAAUUGCAAAAUUAUUUAAGGUGCGACACAUUUUUGAACAUUAAGGCUGCGAGAGACUCUGUGUGUUCACAACAAUGAUUGGGAUAUUUUACAUGUAAUAUUACUAAUCUAUGUAAGAAGGUAGCAAACUCUCACUGAGGACAGAGGGGGACGAUGGAGGACUUGUCCAGUGACUUCAGCUUUGGACUAAGAGUCCCAGUCUGAAGCACAAAAGUACUCCAUGAUAUGGGCCUGGUUCCUGCAAGACUGGUCCUAACUAAAACUUAAUAUUUGUUAAGACCAGCCCAACUUAAACCUAGUUUUAACUUAGGUGUCCAUCCGUCUAUGACUGCAGAAUGAUAGAAAUGUUGCAGAGUUCACCUAUUUUUACCAACCAGCUGUUGUGUAAUGUAAUCCAACAAAAACAGUUGUUCAGUGACUUCAUUGUCAUUCAGCUCUAAUAACGAGCCCCAAAAUUCACAUGAAAUCUGAAAAGUUGCUACACGGGUUAAAAGACAGGAACACUUUUUCAUCAACAUUAACAGCAUCACUUACAAAAUCCAUCGCUUCUAGCAGCCACGGUUUGGGUUUCUGCUUUAUGGUUUUCUGUAUCACAGAGUUUCCUGCACUCAGCUGGUGGCCGUCAUGACAUCAAUGGAAUCACGUGUAUGCAAAUUAUUACCACUUAGAAGCUGCUCAGGUCACCUGCAAAUGGUUUAAUCACCAAGUCCUUUUAAAAAGGAGCAUUAAAAGCAGCUACCUGUGCGUUUGUCUCACGCACUGAACUUUGACUCCACUGCCUUCGACUGCAGCUGACACCCCUGGUUCUGCUCAGCGUAGCAGCUCACUUCUCCACCUGCUGCAUUUUCUGACUCUACAUCUCACAGAGAAGAAGAAAGACUGCCAUGGACAGCUGCAGUUCAAGGCAGUGAACAACGAUCCAUUAAAAAUGCAAAUAAAAAAUACUAAAAUGAAGUACCCCGUGUAUUCGUGGGGUUGUUAGUAACCCAGGUUCACACGCCCUGGUAAAAUCUGUGCGGGGGAAACACUAUGCUGUGCUUUUCUACUGAUACAGUAAUAAUUACUCUGACUUCCAGUUCUAGUUGUCUGGCCAAAAAGUGGGAGAUGACGCAUGGAUGACCGACACACGCUUAAAGCUCUGAGAUCCCAACAGAAAACAAUUGAAGUCUGAGUCUGAGGAGUGCCACACCUCACCACAUCCACCUGUGUUCCCACGGCGUACACACCGGGUCAUGUAUCCACAGUCUUAAUGCCCAAAUUCCUUCAAAAAAAGUGUGUCAGAAAAUGGUGAAAGAAACAUGUGCAAGAGUGUAAAACGUCCCCACACCUGCUGCCAGGGCACUGAGGAAGAUACAAGCUUUUUUGACUUUGUGAGGCCUGAAAGUUAAAAGUGUCAUUAAUCAAAAUCCACUUUUAAUUUAAAGCAGCAAAAGUUGUUUCUCUGUCGUUCUGCUGUUAAGUGUAACUUUGCAAUGAUGCUUUCAGGACUCAAACGUUUAGUUGGACCUGACAGCGUGAUGUAUAUGGAGAGGGGCCGGGGGUACAAUAUGCUCCAAAGAGGCUGACUCUGAGACUGUCUCUCUUCAUUGCAUCAUCACCUUCCUCUUCCUGAGAAUGAGCGGCACAGGUGUGCCACAGCCUCUCUGCACUGCCUGCACGGCGUCUCCGUGUGCGACCCUCUGCAAACACACAAGGAGACAAAAGGAUGAAAACACAGUGUCUGUGUACCGCUGUGUCCUCCCACAUGACCACAGCCAGUCUGAGUUCAGCAACCUGAGACCAUCAGUGUUCCCUCACAGUCGCACGAGUGCGUCUGCUGUACACACGGAGUCUGAACACAAGCCGAGCAUCAGAGAAACAGGCACGAGUCAUUAAAUCAUGGUAACGGUAUUCUGAACACGUCACUGUGCUUCAUACUGCCGGGGAGCUGAAGAUGAGUGUUGCAUAUGUAUGAAUAAGCUGUGAUAAUCUGCCUGUGCUUUGGUCCUAUUUUAAUGAGCUCACUGUGUGUGUGUGUGUGUGUGUGUGUGUGUGUGUGUGUGUGUGUGUGUGUGUGUGUGUGUUCUGGGACCAGUUUAAGGGUCCACUGAGGACCCUUCGAUGGCACCAGGGCCAGCUGUUGGAGGGAGAGCGUGUUUGUGUGUGUUUUGUUCGUUUUUUGUGCCAAGAUGUUGCCGGUUCAAAGUCAGUCAAGGUCUGAAGUUUAAAGCCAAAUGCUCCUGUGUUCACGUCUUGUAAGCGCAGGCAGGUAAUUUACAGGUAAAACAAGAGCAUCUGACAAAUAAUCUGACCUCACAGGAAAUCUUCAGCGAGCUGCUGUGAGUCUUCACAUCUGUCCAAGAAACAGAAUGAAUGAAUUUACCAAGAAUUAAUUUACAUUAAAUGAAGGCCAGCAGGAGUUAAGACUAGUUUAACAUAACAACGUCUUGUUCGUUUUGACUCCAAGUAAAAAGAAGCCGUCCUCCCCCGUCUUCGGGGCAGAUCUAGGACCUGUGGGAUUGAUCAUGUCUCUGCUGCCUCUGCUUUGCUAGUUUUAUUUACUUUAUCAACCUCCAAAGAUGUAACUAAGAUAAUAAAUAGUAAUAUGAAGGGAAGCUGUUACUCUCAGAUUAAGCUGGACUAAUCUAACCAGCUUCCACAGACACUUACAGCGAGUCUGAGAGGUGAAGCUAAUGUAAAAACCUAAAUUCCUUCUAAUGACAACCAGCUGGCGGUUGGCAGGACACCCGUGGAUCGAUGCUGGAUUGGAUUGGCAUCUGAGGAAUCUGCAGGUCAGUUUCACAGCUCAGGCUCUCUGUCAGCUUCCUCGAGAUGCUCCCGAUGUUCUUAGGCUACGUUCACACUGCAGGUCUUAAUGCUCAAUUCCGAUUUUUUGAUCAAAUCCGAUUUUUUUGUCUGCUUGUUCACACUACACAUAAAAUGCGACAUCAA